AUUUAAUAAUUGAAAAAAUUGGAACAGAUUAUUGCAAUGUAUGAGUGGUUAUCGCCUAACAUAAAAUUAUAACUCAAAUACCAAACAAAUAGUAAUCAUAUAUUGAGGUUAGGUUAUGUCUAGAUGGUUUAUCUCAUAUAUCAACCACAUCCCACGCACCCCAUCUACUAAACAUAAAUGUAUACUUGAGGAUCAUUAAAAAAUGAGUAGUAUAGUAUAAUUUAUAACUCUGUUUUAUAGAAUGAGAGAAAUCUAAAUUUGUUUACGACAGUCUCUAGUCUUGAAAAUAUGAUUUGCAUGAAAACAUCUAAAACUAAAAUUACAUCGUCUGUGGUGUUGAUAAUUUGUGUCAUUCAUCUUUUGGAAUUUCUUUUAUUUGAACACGAAGUGGAUGGUUGGAAUAGAAACUCUGUAAGAAAUAUUAGUUAUUACUUUACUGAAAAUUUAGCAGAAGUAAUUCCUAAACAUUUUUGUAAAAGUAAUAUAAAGCUUUUAAUUAUUGUAACAUCUGCAGUUUCAAACGUGAAUGAAAGACAGGCUAUAAGGGAGACAUGGGGAAGUGAGAAAACAGUUCUUGGUCAAGAUAUUUCAAUAUUAUUUUUUCUUGGUAAUUCAUUAGAUCCAUCCGUACAGGAUGCAGUACUUGCGGAAAGCUACCAAUAUGAUGAUAUUAUUCAAGAAAAAUUUAUAGACUCUUACUAUAAUUUAACAUUAAAAUCUGCACUCGCUAUGAAACUAAUAGCACAUAAUUGUAUUGGAAAGGCAGAGUAUUUGUUAAAAAUUGAUGAUGAUAUGUUUCUACAAACUACUAAAUUGAUGGAGAUAAUUAUUGCUAGAAAAACAUCUACAAAUGUUUUGAUAGGAAAAAUGAUAUGUGAUGCGAAUCCAAUUAAAGAUCCCUUCAGUAAAUGGUAUUGUCCAUCAUACAUGUUUAACAAAACUUAUUAUCCCAAUUUUUUAUCUGGAACUGGGUAUUUAAUGUCAAUGGAUGUUACUAAAAGAUUAAUUGAUGCAGCAAUAAGGACACCUUUGAUACAUUUGGAGGAUGUUUAUUUGACAGGUAUUUGUGCUGAAAAAGCAGGUGUUUUUCCUGUGCAUGAUUCAAGAUUCACAAGUAUGUUAUUAGAUGAUGAACCUUGUAUCUACAAGGACCUUAUUACCAUGCAUCAAUUUCCACCAGAGAGAAUGAGAGCUGCAUUUAGUUCAUUAAAGAAUUCUAGUCAUUUAGAAAAAUGUAGCAGUUAUGUGAAAAUGUUUAAUGUCCAGCAAUGGAUAAUAAAAAAUAUAUUUACCCCAUUUGCAAGGUCAAAAAGGAAAAGAAUUUGUGAAUAGUCAUAGGAAUCUGAAACGUUUGAAAAAAUAAAAUGCAGCAAAAAGUCUUUGUUGGAUGUAGAUGAAUUAACUAGAAAGUUUGCUUGAGCCCUGUAUAAGAUUUACCAUAUUGCAUUCUGAUAUUAUUUUCAUAGGUUUGCCAGGGAGCAGGCUCAAUAAACUUAAAUGCGAAAGUACAGGACAUACCUAAUUGCAUAGUUCACAAAGUUUUCAAUUGAGAGAUAUUUCAAUCAU